AUGCACGCCGCCCGUCCAGUCAAUAGCAGCUUUAAGUAUGCAUAUGCACACAUGCGUGCCAGCGAAGGUGUCGAUUCAGUUCGAAGAGUUGAAGCAACAAUGGUCUCAGGAAACGGCUUGUACAAAAGUCCAGAACGAGCGAAGAGCAGGUCAGAGGGCGAUCGCCCGGAAACCGGUCCGGCGCUCCGAGGCGGGUUCCGAUAUGUUGCAAUUGCAGUUCAUAAGACUCUUCAAGAAGCCGAGACCUGA